CAGCCGCUGUCGUCCGUCGGAGGAAUCAUCGGCUGGACGUUUGCACUUCAGCAGCCGGGCUUCAAGAACGGCUUCAGCAUCAGCGGCGGAGAGUUCAAACGUCUGACUGAUGUGACCUUCCAGCCGGGCGAGGAACGGUUGAUCAUCUUUCAGGAGUUCAAAGGCAUUGAUGAGCACGACCACCUGAUGGUUGACACCAGACUUGAAGGAAUAAUUCCUGAGGUUCCUCAGGGAGCCACAGUUCAGAUCGACCCCUACACAGAGAUCUACCAGUACGGCACCAAAUUGAUCACCGCUUCAUCCACACGGGAGUAUGUGAUCAGUCUACAGGACGGUUCGACCCAAAGCCAAAGCUACAAAUUCAAAGAGACCAUCACUUUUCAGGGCUGCCAGCACGAUGAAGCUGUCAGAGCUGUGCCGUCCACACAGAUGCUCAGCGUCGACCAAGUGUUCGUCAUGUACGAUAUGGGCGAACAGCUCUUGCGUUACGCCAUGACUAACAAGAUUGGAGACAUCAACGGUGGACAAACGGAAGAAAACGCCUGCUUCUCUGGCAGACACGGCUGCGACACUAACGCCGUCUGCAAACCUGGACAAGGAAGCCAGUUCACAUGCGAAUGUGCCGUGGGCUUUACUGGAGACGGACGCGCUUGCUCUGACAUCGAUGAGUGCAGGGAAACCCCUCAGAUCUGCGGGCCGAACGCCGUCUGCAAUAAUCACCCGGGAACGUUUCGCUGCGAGUGUCGGGACGGAUUCCAGUUUGCCAGCGACGGACAGACGUGUGUUGGUACGUCAGAGUCUCAUCAUGAGUCACUAUGUGUUUAUGUCUGCUUGUAUUCGUCACCGUUAUUUGUUGACAAAAUCCCCCUGCCAUUUAGAUGA